AUGUUGCUCCACCUGUUUCGCAGAUUGCUCAGCAAAAUACCUCCCCUCACAUCCAGCAAUUAUUUCGAGGUCUUCUCCCUGACUCCCACUUUUAGCCUGGACCUGGCCAAACUGUCACGUGUUUACAAACGACUUCAAGUAGAGUUUCAUCCUGAUAAACACGCCACUUCCUCUGCUCUAGAACAGGAGCAUGCCUCCAAAAACUCAGCUCUGAUUAACGAAGCUAACAAAUGUUUGAAAGAUCCUUAUUGCCGUGCCAGGUUACUCCUCAAGAUUAACAACUUUGAUCCAAAUAUCAAAACGAUGGAUAUGGAGUUUUUGUCAGAUAUGAUGGAUUUUAAUGACCAGAUAGAAAUGUGCGAGGAUAGUACAACUUUACUCGAACUUAAGCAGCUUAAUGAGGAUGCUAUUGCUGUGCUUUACACUCAAUUCGAAGAGCACUUUAAUGAUAAUGAUCUGAAAAUGGCAGCGGAGCGGUUGUCUAAAGUUAAAUUUUUGCUACAAACUAGAGAUAGGAUUGAUAAACAGGGCGAGUUGUUCAUGCUUAGAUGA